AGAAUUUAAGAACCAGGAAGACAGAGAGGCCGAGAGCUGGAGAGAGAGGAAGAGAGAGAGUGGCCCGGCCCCCUCUCCAAUCCGUGCCCUAGACGAGCGCCCGAGAUUCCGGCGGUCCAAGCAAGAAAGGCGGCCGGUCGCCGCUUCUUCUCUCCGAACGGGCCGUGGAGUCCCUGAUCCCUUCUCCCCCGACGUGCCUGCCCUGCCAUCAAGGUAUAUAUAUCUGCAGUUUCCCUUGUGAAGGCUUGCAGAGAUCAGAAAGAGAAUUUCUUGGGUGCACAAGACAUCUAUAUUGCAUCGUGCCAGACAGACCAUAGAUUUUUGGACAAGCAAGAUCAGCAGUGGACAUGGAACCCUCUUCACAACCUCAGCCUGCAGUUGGUGCUGUUGCUAGUGGCUCUGAAGUUUAUGCUGCCUCAAACUACUCACCUGCAGCAGCAGUAGCUGUAGCUCCUGGUGUGAUUCCUGCCGCUUCACAGCAAGCACCACCAUUCGCUGGUAAUCCAGCUUUGCUCAGUGCUCAGAACCAGCUCGUCUACCAGCAAGCGCAGCAAUUCCACCAGCAGCUUCAGCAGCACCAACAGGGGCAGCUUCAGCAGUUCUGGGCCGAACGACUGUCUGAGAUUGAGCAGACCACUGACUUCAAGAACCACACCUUGCCACUCGCGAGGAUAAAGAAGAUCAUGAAGGCUGAUGAGGAUGUCCGCAUGAUCUCGGCAGAAGCUCCAGUGAUCUUUGCCAAAGCUUGCGAGAUAUUCAUACUGGAGCUGACGCUGAGAUCAUGGAUGCACACAGAGGAGAACAAGCGCCGGACCUUGCAGAAGAAUGACAUAGCAGCUGCUAUCACCAGGACUGACAUUUAUGAUUUCUUGGUAGAUAUAAUCCCCAGGGAUGAGAUGAAGGAGGAGGGAGUCGGGCUUCCUCGGGCUGGGCCGCUACCCUUGGGGGCUCCGGCUGAUCCAUACCCGUAUUACUAUCUGCCGCAGCAGCAGGUGCCAGGUGCAGCAAUGGUGUAUGCAGGCCAGCAGGGCCAUCCGAUGACGUAUGCGUGGCAAGAUCCUCAGGAACAACAGCAGCAGCAGCAGGGGGCCCCUGCAGAGCAGCAAUCUCUUCAUGAUAGUGGAUGAAAUGUGAUGCGCAGAAGCUAUCACCAGAUUCAGAAUCCUUGUUUUAGUCAGUCCGUUUAAAAUUCUCUGGGUAUCGCGUUAGUUUAUAUGAUUGUCAUUUGUCGGUUGGAACAGGUGGUUCUAAUAGGAUUUAGGACUUUCUCAUGGCAGUUCAAUUCCUGCUGCGGUGUCAUUAGCAAAGGAUUAUGAUCUGAGACUAGUUGGCUAAAUUUUGCAAUACAGUUCCAUCCCAAUCCAAAAAGUUAGGCCUCUGUUGAUGGCCUUUUGAUGGUUUA